UAUUCUAUAAAAGACCCAACCCGCUUCAAGCGCACUUAGUGUGGUUACGUAAACAGUGGAAAACGGUGUAAUAAGUCAAAAGUAGACCAUGUUUGUGUUUACGGUAUGCCUCGUGCUCACGGCAAUCUCCGUAGAAGCCGAAGUGAUAUUAGGACUGCCUAAUUUAUAUAACAAUUACCACGGUGAAUAUGCCGCAACGUACGAUAAUUAUGAACCCAGACCAUACGCCUUCGAAUACGGCGUGUCAGACCCACACACAGGUGACCACAAAACACAAUGGGAGACCAAAGACAAAGCUGGAGUAGUACGUGGCAGUUACAGUUUACUAGAACCUGAUGGUUCCACGAGGAUUGUGGAUUACAUAGCAGACGAUCACGGUUUCAGAGCCAUAGUGAAGAAAAUCGGCAUCCACGGCCAGUCAGUCGAAAGCCAUGGUGGAGCAGUCGAACAAGGAGGUUUUCAACCCAUCGUGGUUCCUGAUUUUGAACCAGUACCAGUACACGUAGAGCAACCGCUACACGUGGAACAACCAAUACACGUGGAACAACCACUACACGUAGAACAACCCAUUCAUCUGCCACCUGUACAGAUAGAGCAAGCUCCCAUAUUCCAAAGCUACGACGGUGGUGUUGAGCAUUAUCAAAACUUGAUCCAGCACCAACAACCCUACCCGUUGCAAGUACCAAAAGCUGAAGGUAUCUACGUAGAAACUCCCAAGCACGAUUUUGGAGGUUACGUACCUUACGUUCCCCAACAGUACUUGAAACAAGACAGUUACGUACAACCUUUACCUGCAGUACCAAAACAAGACGUUUAUUUGCAGCAGCCUCAAGUGGCUCCAACACCUGCAGCUCCAAGUGGUGAAGUUUACUACACCCAAGUCACCGAUUUCGGGUCUCCUCAAGCCAAAAGCGUGGUAACAUUCCAACAGCCACAGGUUGUCCCUCAGGAGAAAAUCGCAGAACCAGUCAACGUGGAGCAAAACGUUGUGUAUCAGCAAAAUCAACAACAGUAUCCAGUACAGAAACUGAUUGAACCUUAUCAGAAUCUGAUACCUAGUCACAGUUAUCAGUUGGAACAGCACUUCCCUGGUGACAAUCAAGUCUUGUUGCAAAAUCAAGUGCCAGCUUAUGGACAAGGAGAAGUUCCUUAUGCUAUUCAACAGAACAUCUUACAUCCUUACAGUGAAUCUUCUCAGAAUUUUCAAGGAACUACUGGAAAUUUAGAGGAUGAUUCUCAGUAUACUAACUAUGCUCAGGAUAACAACGCCCAAGUUGUAUUAAAUAAAGGUGAGACGCUGUCACCGGCAACAAAGUAUGGAGGUUGGUAAGAAGAUAUUUUACAUGGUUAGGAUUUAUAAGAAAAAGUUAAAAAAAAUACAUCCUUGAGACAAAUCUUUAACUGGAAUACGAGUUGUCUAAUUUGUUUUUUAAUUUGUAAUAUGUAUAUAGUUAGGUUUUUCUAUUUAUUGUUUGACAAAUAAAAACUUCAUGAAGUAUGUA